AUGACGAGUAAUUAUACAGCUGAGCAGGAGAAAGUUGCGCUGGAGGUUCUUUCCCGGGACAAAUCCGAGUUUUAUGAGGUUUUGCAGGUGGAGCGCACGGCGUCUGAUAAUGAGAUCAAGAAGGCGUACAGGAGGCUGGCGAUCAAGCUGCAUCCGGACAAGAACGGGCAUCCGCGGUCCGCUGAGGCCUUCAAAGUGAUAAAUCGGGCAUUUGAGGUGCUUGGGGACGAGGAUAAAAGAAGACUUUUCGAUCAGUUGGGGAGAGAUCCCGACGACAGAUCUGCGCCAUCGCGUGGGCCCAGUGGGUUUGACGGUGGCGUCAGGUCGCCGUUCUUUGCGAAUGGCCACGCUGCCGGUGCGGGUGCGACUCCAGAUGAUAUAUUUGACUUUCUGUUCCAAAUGAGCGGGGGUGGUGGGCCCUUUGGUGGUGGCAGUCCGUUUAUGAACCAGGGCGGGACCACUUUCUCGUUUGGACCAGGCGGGUUCAGGACGUACAGCCCAGGGAACCAUAGUGGAGAGUUUGCAAGGAGGCAACGACAGCAGGCGAAUAGACAACGUGCACAUGACACAGAUACAAGAUGGCAGGAGAUACUGAGAGUAUUGCUACCACUCCUCUUCUUCUUCCUACUCCCAGUACUGGAGAGACUACUCUUCGGUUAA